CCAGAGGCCGCCUGGGCCGAGCGGCCACGCCCGGAGGGUGGAAAGGCAGCCCGCCUGGCCUGGCCUCGCCUCAGUCGGUUCCCUCUUCGCCAUCGGAGCGGCUUCCCCUCUGCGCCAUGGUGUGCUGCGAGCACCUGUGCGUCCUGACCAUGUUGUGCGCCGCGGGCUUCGUGCUCGUCCAGCUCAUCCGGUGGCUCCGCGCCGACGGCGACCUCGCUGUCCUGUGGGCGGAAUGGCGCGGCAAGAAGCCUGAAAAGGAGUUGCCUGGCAAAGUUGUCUGGGUGACGGGAGCCUCCAGUGGGAUUGGCGAGGAGAUGGCGUAUCAGUUAGCCAAGAUCGGCUCACUCCUUGCGCUCUCAGCAAGAAGAGAGAAGGAGCUGGAGAGGGUGAAAAAGAAGUGCAUUGAGAUCAGCAGCCUAAGUGACAAAGAUAUCCUCAUAGUGCCCCUUGAUUUGACUGAAAGGAGCACCCACGAACCUGCAACAAAAGCUGUCCUGAAGCAUUUUGGAAGGAUUGAUGUCCUGGUGAACAACGGCGGCCGUUCCCAGCGUUCCCUCUACGUGGAUACAUCCAUUGAUGUCUACAAGGCUAUAAUGGAGCUCAACUACCUCGGCACAAUCUCCUUAACGAAGCACGUCCUUGAUCACAUGAUACAGAGGAAACAGGGGAAGAUUGUCAACAUCAGCAGCGUGAUGGGCAUCAUGGGUGCUCCUUUGGCAACUGGCUAUUGUGCCAGCAAGCAUGCUGUGCAGGGUUUCUUCAAUUCUCUUCGGCCCGAACUUGUGGAGUAUCCUGAUAUAAGUGUGAUUAACAUCUGCCCGGGGCCUGUCCAGUCACAGAUCAUACAAAAUGUCUUUACUGAAGAUGUCUCAAAGGUCAAUGAAAAUGUUGGGGACCAGUCUCACAAAAUGUCAACUGCCCGUUGUGUCCAGCUAACUCUGGUUAGCGCAGUUAAUGACGUGAAGGAAGCCUGGAUCAGCGACCAGCCUUAUCUGGCAGUCUGUUACCUCUGGCAAUAUGCACCUACUUGGGCGUGGUGGCUACUGAACCGCAUGGGAAGGAGGCGAAUCGAGAACUUCAAAAGUGGAGUGGAUGCUGAUGUUUCUUACUACAAAAAGUCUUCUUAAAGGAAUCUCUGGCCAUGACCUUUUUCGCUGAUGCCAGGAGGAGAAGGGGAAGCGCUUCUGCUUCAAGUACAUUUUUCUUUGAAAAAGAAAAAAAAAGCCUGCCAAGGAAUGAGGUUUCAGUAUAUAACCCAGCAUAAGCUUCAUACCUGUUCCACUCUUAUUCCUGUCAAUAAAAAUGUCUGUAUAGUGCUUGUUGAUACAUUGAGGUGGCUAGCCACAAAAAAGAAACCUUCACAACCUGGCCUUUUAUGGUGCUAUCCUGCUCCAUACUAGGGGGACCAAUCACAUCCACACCCCUUCCCACAGCAGCUUCUCAAGCACUCUCUUGCAGACUUUAGUUAUCCAUUUACUCAGCGUUUCUACCUGGCUUCAUCUUAAGGUCUCAGGUACAAAAAUUGUGUUAGUUCUCAAGAAGGAUCAGAAGCUUGUUAUCUACUACCUCCACCUUAUUACUGUAUACUGCUAAGGCAGUGCUGUGCUCCUAAAGUGUUCUUCACACACUAUAUUUACAUCUCUAAAGAAAAAGCACUUUGGUAGCAGUGGUGGCAUAAUUAAAAAAUGUGUCAUUUUUUAUCCUUAUGAGAACACGACUGUUCUUUUCCCACGUGACUACAAUAAUCAGAAGCUUUUGAUCUUAACAGCAGUUUAGUAUGACAUUUAGGAACAUAGGAAGCUGCCUUAUACUGAGGCACACCAUUGGUCCAUCUAGCUCAGGGCUUCAGGCAGGGGUCUGUACCAGCCCUACCUGGAGAUGCUUGGCCUUGAACGUGGGACCUUCUGCAUGCAAGGCAGAUGCUCCACCACCAAGCUAUGGCUCUUCCCUAUUUAAAUCCUAAACAGUGGUUAAUUAGGGCUGGUAAAGACAGAACUUCAUAAGCUAUAGUUUAAAGUUUGGAUUCUUUGUAUUAGCCAUAGUUAAGACUAGCUAUUGUUUCAUAGAAUCAUAGAAUGGUAAAGUUGGAAGGGGCCUAUAAGGCCAUCGAGUCCAACCCCCUGCUCAAUGCAGGAAUCCAAAUCAAAGCAUUCCCGGCAGACGUCCAAGUUCAAACAACGUAGCAAGCUGCAGUUAAUUGGAAGCCUAAGUUUCAAAAUUACUUGUGGGCAAGCCGGAGGGAGGAGGAGAAGAGAGGUCGCAGGAGGCGGUCAGGCUCAUUCUCACUCAACUGUGGUUAGGUGUUGCAUCCAAAGCAGUUUGCCUUCUUUCUGCUUUGUAACUGGGAUACCUGAUUGCAUUUAAGUGGAAGAUUAAGACAGUGAAGGGUAAAGGACAAUUCCAACAAACAUAUAAAAAACCCCACGAUAUUUUUAGGAAAGGUCUACAAUCCUUCUCACAAAAAAUCCAAUUCCACGUUCUACGGCAGUCAUUCUAAAGCACUCCCGUAGAGGAAAUAUUACAUGAGCGUUGUCCUUUCAUCUAACAUGUUAAAGGAAAAACUUGGGUCUCAAGCCUCUUCUUGCUAUUGGGAAUUCAGGUCCCAACCAUUUCCAUGUUUUUUUAGAUCUGGGCCCCAAUGGGAGAGCAAGCUUUUCCAUCUGUCAAUCUUACUGCAAAUCUUACUCAGUUUGCUUCCACCAAAGUAUUUGUAUCCAAUUUGCUAUGCUUAACAAGGACUCUUGUUUGCUGAAUAGAUGUAUAUUAAGUGUUUCUUCAAGUUUCUUUUUAACAAUACAAAUAAAGCUAUACAAUAUAAGAAGUGAUAAAAA